AUGAAAACACAUAAUAUCGAUGAAAAUGAAGACAGAAUCAGUGAUUUACCGAAUUGUGUGUUACUUCUCAUACUGUCGAUUUUGAACACCAAAGAGGCCGUUCAAACCUGCGUUUUGUCCACGAGAUGGAAGAAUCUCUGGAAGUAUAUUCCUGUUCUUUCAAUAAGUUCUUGCCACUUCGAGACUCGGAUGGGUUUCACCAUAUUCGUGUAUCAAUUUUUGUAUCUACGUGAUAACAAAACCGCACUGCACACUCUCGAUCUUCACCGCGAUGGUGUCAUCUGGCCUGGCUACCUCAUGUGGGUUAUAAAAUACGCAUUUGACCACGGUGUCCAGCUAUUAGAUGUAGAUUCGACCUUUUAUUAUCAACACUAUCCACUUCCCUACGUUUUAUGUCACACUUUAACAUCUCUUACCCUUUGUACAAACAAUCAAUUUGGUCAUCCUUCAUCAUUAUUCCCAACUUCUCUGAAUUUGCCUGCAUUAACCAGCAUGUGUCUAAAAUACUUUGCCUUUCAUGGUAGUGGUGAUGAUGACCGUGCUGAGCCCUUUUCGUCAUUUAACAGCUUGAAAAGUUUGAUCAUUCACUGUUGUGUUGAAGAACAAAACCUGUUCAUAUCAAGUGACACACUUGUUUAUUUAAGAAUCAAUACAUUUGCUAUUCAACGUUGCAAAAUCGAGUUAUCUACUCCAAGUCUCCGUAGCUUUGAUUUUAAGGGUAAUCCUAUUCAGAAACUCAGUGGGAACAAUAACAAUCUCUCUUCUAUCAAACAUGUAAAAAUUGAUGUAGCAGUCCCGUCAUAUAUCGAAAAAUAUCCCUUGGUUCUUUUCAACUGGCUAGUUGAGCUUUCUCGUAUCGAAUCAUUGACAGUCUCUUCAUCUAUUCUUGAGACUCUUUGCUCAGUUCCUGGUUUAUGGAAGGUUGAUUUCCCUUACUUACAAAACUUGAAAUUGCUGAAAAUAAUAACAUACCGACCUUCAGCGAUACCUGAGAGAAUAGUCGACUUUUUGCUGCAAAAGUCACCCUUAGCAAAGGCUGAGAUCAUAGACUUGACAAGAUUGUCGGAUCCACAGAAUCCAGGGGAUCCACAAGAGCUGGAAAAGAUUAGGACUACUUGUGUGGAACUUUCCCACGGAAUUGGACGGAAAUGCGUUUUCGGACGGAAUUCGGAUGGAUUGGGCGUUGUCCGAAAAAGCCGCGUCGCAAAUCGUAUUUUCAUCCCAAUUUCUGUCCGAAAUAUUUUUCAGACGGAUUUCGUACGGUUUUCGCACAAACGCAGUUGUGGGAUGUUGGACUAA